GCGUUCGGCAGAGGCGCGCGCCAUAAGACGGGCGUCGCGCGCAGAGCCUGGCUCGGGUCGCCGAAUGCUGCGGGCGGACAUGGCGAGCUGGGUGGGACUCGGGCGCGCGCUGGGCGCCUGCUGCCUGUUGGGCCUCUUCUGCGGCGCCACGCUGCCCUUCCCGCUGCAGGGCGCGAACGAGAAAGCCAUCAUCAACGAGAGACCCAUCAUCGGUGAGUCGCCGCGCUCUGCGCUUGUAAGGGGGGAUCCCCGGGAUUCUCCAAAGAGCCAGAGAAAGAGUCCUGUUGCCAGGGAACGUGGACGAGGGCAAGAGGAGAGAGAGAGGGGGGGGAAUAAAAGAAAUGCAAAAAGUCUCCCCUCCCUCCUUUAGCUUGGUGGGUCGGGCACCUUUAAAUCAUAGAAUUGUAGAGUUGGAAGGGACCAACUAAAGCAUGAAUGACAGAUGAGCAUCCAACUUCUGCUUUUAAAAAAUAAUGUUAUGCUUGCACUGGGAUCACCCGAGGGGAUUAUUUUUGAGACCAGGUGGCUCUUUCGCACUUGAUUCUUAUCACCCCAGUUGUUUCGGAUGAAGUCUUCCACGAAUCCCGGCUCUUAAAUGCAGUGCUUCUUUCCAAGCAAAUGACCUAGGCUUGAGUAGGAAGAUCCGCAAGGUGCCGCCUUGUCGCAGUUGGUUCGAGAUCAAUCAGUAUUCACCUGUCACUGGCGAGACUUCACUGGUAGAUUAAAACAAGCAAGUAAACAUGGAAUCUUUCAGGUGUCUGGGGCAACUGUAGCUUCUAGAAUACUUUUUUAUUUUUCCUGCCAUUUCCAGCGUCUUCAUUUCAGGGGGUACAAGAAUUCAUGUGUACCCGUGGUUGACAGCCUGUUCCUAUAGGUAUGUUUACUUGGAAGUAAGCCACCCCAGUGAAUUCAUUAGCAGCAGCUGCUAGAGAAAUUGCACAGGGUUAUGUCUUCAAAAUAUUUCGAUCGAUGUAAUAAUGAUUUUAGCCUAUCUGUGCAAGUAGCGAAAGACAACACAUUCACCCAGACAUCACCUGUUACUGGGGGAAAUGUACCUCUGUAGAAAUCUUGAAACAACACUAAGAAUGCCAUUUCUGAAAGAGGCUCACUAUCUUUAAUGAGGCCUUUAUCAAUUGGCUGUCCUCCAUAUGUUUUGGACUAAGCAAAGUUUGUGUGUUGAAAAUCCAUCUUUUAGCGACUUUUAUUUAUUUUGAUUUGUGAUGGAUUGUUGGCAGAGGGUAUGUAGCAGAUAUCCAGAAGAUUUGCAGUAAGUAGAUUGGUAAGGAUUCUGACUCCUCAAUUGUUUUACAAGAGCAACAGAUUGACUAGCUGAAAAGUAGGAAGCUAAUCGGGUGGAAAAGGACUGCACAAAAGGACGGUGAACUCAGUUCAGUUCUGGUACUUAGAACAAAUUCCUGGGCUUAAAAUGUUACUGGAGGCACCCUGAACACUCAUUCAGAGUCUUCAGUGCCUGACUUUAGGGGCAGAUCUGCUCUGUGGUAUAUAUAGGGAUUCUAGCAAAAAGCAAAGUAGAUCUAACAAACUUAAAGUCUGCCCAUCCCUGUUCUAUACUCCCUGAUGGAAACUAUGUCAGUAACAGUGAUUUUUGGAGAGAGUGUGACUACCCAUAAAUUUAUAAAGUUCCUCGUUCUAAGGUUUCUGUAAAACACACGCACACCACCACCACCUCCUCCUCCUCCUCAUUUUGUUGUUCGAUUCCAGAAGGAAGAAGUGCUUGUUCAACACCAAGUUGAUGAGCUGGCAACCUGGAAUGCCUCAACCUCCCCCCCUCCCAAUUGUGGUGCAAUGGGUCUUGUUGACAGCAUUGCAUAACUUACUGGUAUCAUGUUCUGCUGUGCCUGGGUUGUGAACUUUUGGAAAGCUGGUUCUAAAUUCCUUUAAAAAAAAACAUAUUUCUGAUAUAGAGAGUGUGAUAGGAUGCUUGCUGGAACUUGUCUGUUGUCUGGAUCUAAGCAUUCAGCUGCGUGCGUCAAAUUGUGAAGCACUCAAGCGGUCAAAAGUGUAUUGUAUUUCAACAAGUCAGUUUAAAAAGGAUAAUGCAGGUACUUUAAAAUAUGGUAUGAAAAAUUUGCUUUCAUGAUAAUAUAGCAGACCUUUGACUUACAGGCUAUUCCAUAUUUCAUAUAGAAAGUAUUUAAGCGUAGCAUGAAAUCCAUUUGUAGACAGUCAUGUCUGAUUAUCACAGAUUUUCAGGGUGUACUUCCUCAAACACAUAGUGAGACAUACAUGCUAUUUUCAUGUAUGUAAUUUAUUUAUAUCAUAUCAUUUCUAUACUGUUUGCUUGUAAAAAACAAAAACAACCCCCCCAAAGGAGUUUACAAAAGGAAUCUACUCCUGCUUUCACAUAAAUGCUUUCUGAGUAUAAAAUGAGUAACAUGCAAACCAAUCUUAAAUAUAGUUGUGUUUAACACCAUCUGAACAAGUAAUUACCCCGCUGCUGCUGCUGGAUUGUCAUUGUGAUGUUAUGAGACACCAUGUUCUUUCUUGGAUUCAAAUAUAGAUAAUAUUAAAUUAAUCAUCACACUCCACCUACUGCUAGUUUAUCAGCGGCAUCUCAGUUUUUCCUGUGACCUCACUGAUGCCUAACUUUUUUCCUCUGGAUCUUUCUAGGAAUAUUAGCACAGGAAACUGACUUUAAAAGCUUCCAAAAAUUUGGAAGUUCUUACAUUGGGGCUUCAUAUGUGAAGUUUAUUGAAUCUGCUGGAGCCCGGGUAGUACCAAUCAGGUAAGCUUGUGUGAAUAAUGUGCUCACAUUCUGCAGUGCAAAGUAGAAAUUUUCUCAGGACAAUAUUUGCCAGUCAUUAGGGUAGAAGCAGAUUAGCACUCUUCAGUAUGGGUGUAUUUGUGAAUCAAUUGCAUUGUAGCGGUUCAAGAGUUAGACUAGGACUGGAAAGAUCCAGGUUCAAAAUUCUACUUAGCCAUGAAGUUCACCUGGUGACCAGUCACAACCUGUCACCUUAACCUACUUUGCAAAGUUGUUGUGAAGAUUAGGGGAAAUGUGUAAACUGCCUUGAGGUGCUUAGAGGACAUAGAUGUGACUGAUUAAUGACACUUUCCAGGAAGUCUGCACUAGGGACUGACUUAACAUGAAUUUAAAUUGUAGCACAGGAAAUUGGCGUUAACCUUUUAGGUACUGUACUAAAAACUAUUCUAAACUGAUGCAGGGAAGCUAUACAUUUCUAAUGCAACUUUUCAUUUCCUUUUAAUUCCUCCAGACUGAAUCGUUCAGAUGAAGAAUAUGAUAAGAUUUUCAAUUCUAUCAAUGGGUAAGCGUCCUAAUGAACAUCUGUUUUGUUGCUACUGGUAGUAAAAGUGAAGAGCAGUGAAGUGGAAGGAAGGCAACUGAGACAAUAUCAGAGACUCAGGUUCCAAUUUCUAUCAGGCCUUGAAUCUCAUUGGGUGUCUGUUGCUCAGCAGUUUACCUUGAAAGGCUGUUGGGAAGAUGAUAAGGUUUGUAAAGUACAUUGCCAUAUGCAAAGUGUUACAGAAGUUAAUAGAUAAUGAAAAAGAUAUCAAGAUAAUAGUGUACUGAUAAUAGUGUCUGUAAUGGUGGCUUUUUUGUGCUCUGCUUGGUGAUAAUUCUGUGUAUUCUAUAACCUGAGUAUGCAGUUCCUAGCAUUUCCUAGCAGAAAUGUGGGGCUGUCAGUACCAGAAUAAGAGACCAGCUGAAAUGAAAACAAACAGAACAAAUCGUUAUUGUGGCAGGCAUAGCAUAUACAUUUAACAUUGGUUUCUUGUCAUAAGGCGUAUUAAACAGAAUCCUGGGUGAUACUUCCUCUAAUGAAAAGUGCAUAUUUGCCUACAUAUUCCACACAAAUUUAUUUGAGCUGAUUUGCCAUUCACAGCUGCUAGCCACUUGAUUUUUAUUUUUUAUUUACACAAUUUCCAACCCACCUUUCAUCAUCGGUGAUCUCAUUACAGGUAACAACCAUUUGAAAAACAAAUGUGGUUAUGGAAAAAUGCUCAUGCAAUAAUGGAGUUCGCAUCACUGUGGUGUAAACCACUGAGCCUAGGGCUUGCCGGUCAGAAGGUUGGCGGUUCAAAUCCCCACAAUGGGGUGAGCUCCCCUUGCUCGGUCCCAGCUCCUGCCAACCUAGCAGUUCGAAAGCACAUCAAAGUGCAAGUAGAUAAAUAGGUACCGCUCCAGCAGAAAGGUAAAUGGUGUUUCCGUGCGCUGCUCUGGUUUCGCCAGAAGCAGCUUAGUCAUGCUGGCCACUUGGCCAGGAAAAACUGUCUGUGGACAAACGUUGACUCCCUCUGCCAGUAAGGCAAGAUGAGCGCUGCAACCCCAGAGUCGUUCGCGACUGGACUUAACUGUCAGGGGUCCUUUACCUUUACCACUUGGAAAUUGAGGUUUUUAUUUCCAACUACUAUCUUCCUGCUCCUCCCACCGUGUUCCAUGAUGACUGUCUGAACAACCCUUCCUUAUAGUACUUGAGUAUAUCACUUUUUCUUUAAAGAUUGUAUUGCAGAUCCUUCCGUGAUUACAAUCCAGGUUUAUCCAUGUUACCUUUGUGUGACCAAUCGGCAGUUCAUUGCUGCUGAUGAAAGUGUUGUCAUUUUGUUUGCUUAGGAUUCUCUAUCCCGGAGGUGGUGUUAGCCUUGAGACUUCUGAAUUUGCCAGAGUUGCAAAGAUAUUCUACAAUAAAGCACUAGAGGUAAAUAUUGGAGCAUGCCAAUAUUUUUGCAUUGGGGCGUUGGCAAUGUUGAGGAAUGACAGUUGUUGGUGCCUCUUAUUUUCACACCUUUCUAGCUGGCAUAUGGGUAGUCAUACAACUCUGCCUUAUCUUUAUGUGCAUGAUUUUGGGACUAGGCUGUAAGAUGUAAAUAGAAUCAUCUAGGGUCAUCUAGUCCAACCCCCUGCAAUGCAGGAAUCUUUUGUCCAACGUGGGCUUGAACCCACAACCUUGAGAUUUAGAGCCUCAUGCUCUGCCAACUGAGCUGCCCCAGUUUCUAUCCUGGUGAUGUAUGGGGAGUCCCCAACCUCUUUGAGACCUGGGGGCACAUUAGGAAAUCUAAGGAACUAUCCUGCUGUCUUCCUAGGUAGUUAAAUAAUGGGGAAUAUAAAUGUCUAGGAUCUGUAGCUAUUGACUUCUCCCCCUUAUUGUUGUUUCCAGGCUAAUGAUAGAGGGGACUAUUUUCCUGUAUGGGGGACAUGCCUGGGACACCAGCUGCUUAGCGUCCUCACUUGCGGGGAAGACCUGCUCACCUGGACUAAUACGGAUGGCUUUGCAUUGCCGCUGAACUUUACUCCAGGUGAAAACUCAAGAGUUUCAGUUCACAGAAGACUUAUGAUGGGGGGGGGGGGCGGUGAUAAUAAAUUCUGCAAGUCAAAGUGAAAUAAUGACUUUGAGAAUGCAUUGAGCUUUGAGGUCCUGGAGAUGUUUAGUCUUCUAUCUCAUAAGUUUGAGAGGCCUGAUACUGUGCUGUGCUGGAGAUCCGUAGUAGAAUACAGGGUCUGGUGAAAGAGUCCCUUCUUUGGUAUUGUAGUCUGGCUCCAUGAACUCUGCUGAAACAGACUGUUGCUGUUGGUUCAGCUAUGCUGUAUAAUGAGUUUUAGGGGACUGUAAGAAAAGGAUAGGAAAAGGGUCGAGAACUUGUGGCCUUAUGGAUGUUGCUGAACUACAGCUCCCAUAAUAUUUGGCUGUUAGACAUGCUGUCUGGGGCUGGUGGGAGUUUGACAACACUUGAAAGGCCACAAGUUCUCCACUGCUGGGAUGGAGCCCCAACACCAGAGUAAUGGCUCUGUCUCCUUAGAGCUAAUGAUGACACUUGCUAGCUGUUUAGAGCAGCAGUGGAAAUUAAGAGUUUCAUAAUGUGUGGGAUGCUGUUACUUCUUGAGCCUCUGUUUGAAAAUUACAGUGAAUGUCCAAAUAUUUAAUUUUCACAUGGCAGCACCACUUUUGUUGGCACUGACCUAUGAUGUUACAUAGUGGGUGGGUCAUCUUCCUUCAAAGCAGGAAGUCAGCAAUCAUUAUGCAAAGCAGGAAAUGAGCAGUCAGUGAGGGUUUUUCCAGAACAUUUUUGGUAUGGUUAAACCCAUGGUUCCUACUUGUUGACCACAAAAGAAACGCCCUUAAGCUCUUGCAUUUUAAGGAAGGAAUGUUGCUUUUUUCUAACCUUCACAUUGCAACUCCCCUCCCCCCCCCACUGAAAAGUGGUGCUUCUAUUACAGUUCUGAGCAUUUCAAAGCGCAAGGGAACAUGCGGGCGCAAGUGUUGUGGACAGUGCCUGUAAUGCUGUCAGUGAUUAGAGGAAUGAUUAUGAAUUUCUGAAAAGCCUUACUGUUUUUAAUUGCCUUAAACAACUACAUUUAGAUGCUGAGCAUUCCCCACCAUUUUUCAGCCUGUGUUUAUUUGAAGCCUGAGUUCUCCUCUGUCCUGGAGCCCAGUAGGAUACCCCUUCCUGCCCCUGCUACUAAAAUAAACACAGCUCUUUCCUUGCAGCCCUGCAACAUGGUUAGCCCACCUCCAUUAAUUGCAAAUGGGAUACAGUGUGGCUGAUGCUGGAUUGCACUAAUGUGUUAAUAAGGAAAUGGCUACUGGCCCUGAUGGCUAUAUGCUGUGCCACCUCCAGGUUCUGAAUUCCUCUGAAUUCCUGUUCCUGGGGAACGAUAGCGGGAGAGCUGCUGCCCUCAAUGCCCUGCUUGUGGGAUUCCCAGAGGCAUCUGAUUGGCCAAUGCAGGAAAACAAGCUGGGCUGAUGUUCUUAGAUAAGAGUCUGUGUCAUUGAAAGGUCCUAAGCCAAAUCCUGGUGUGGCUCUUCUUCCAGCAAUUAAUAGGUGGCUUGUCAUCUUGUUGAGGUAAUCCUGAAUCUAUGCGUCAUAAUGCAUCCUACUAAAGUGAAUAUGACCCAGAAUAUGACUCUGAAUACAUUAUUUAGCAGAUUGGGUAGCAUUUGCUUUGUAUUAAACCAAAAACAAGGGAUGCUUGCCCUGAACCAUUGGCACAAAGGAGGACUCAUGGGAGUGGCUGGGUGCAGGUGUACCAAAGGACGAUGCCAAAAAUGCUGGAGUGAUCAGUUCUAGUGCUUUAUUAGAGAAGGUGUAGACUUACAGCAAAUCAGCCUGCCAGUUCUCCUAGCCUUUGCCAGAUGCAGGACGGAUUCUGCAGCAAGGAGAUGACUUGUCUGUGCCCAAGCAAACAUUCAUAAUUUAUAAACAAAGCAGCAUACGUCCCUUUUCCUACGACUUCCACUGCUUCACCUGCCCAGGUGAGGGCAAAAAUGGCAAAUGCCCAAACCUUACAGACAGCUCCCCGUUCUGGGCUUAGAGCCCAGCACCCCAGGCCUACAGAUGAGGAUAACAUCUAGCUUAUAUCAAAGCAAAUGGAUAUAGAGUCAAACCUCCGUUGUCAAAUGUAAUCCGUUCUGGAAGCACGUUCAGCUUCUGAAAUGUUUGACAACCUAGGUGCGGCUUCCAUUUGGUUGCAGGAGCUUCCUGAACUCAAGCAGAAGCUGCGUCAGAUGUGCGGCUUCUGAAAUUGUUCAAAAACCGGAGCAUUUACUUCCGGGUUUUCGGCAUUCGGGAGCUGCAACAUUCCAAAACAGAGGCGUUUGGGAUCCGAGGUUUGACUAUAUGAACUUGUUGCCGCAACAACAGCCAAUUAAUUGUGGUGUUAUCUUGACUAUCAAGAUGGAGUUAGCAAAGUUUCUGGAACAAUUCAUCUUUGGUUCAACACAAUGCUUACAGAGUUUUUUCAUGAAGUUUGUUUUAUGUUUUAUACUUAGAUAAAGGAUUCUAUGUAAUGGGGAGGGAGAGUUGAAAAUAAUAUCAAAAUAUUUCACAUCUGGGAACCAAUGUACCACUUUGGUUCCAGACAGUACAUGGGUAGACAAGUAUAAAAAGCCCAGGACACAAAUUUUCAUGGCCCUCUAGCUAGCGGCUAUGGUGGCUCAUUUAACAAAAGCAAUGUAUUUUGCAUUAACUCUGGAUGUUUACUUGAUACUGUCCAAACUAAGCCUCCUAGAGCAAAAUAUGUUGUGGAAUUUUUUCUCAAUAUUGAUCCAGAGUAGAUUCCAGUUUAUAGUCAGCAGAGUAAAAACUUAAACAUGUUGCAGGAUUCCUAAAAAAUAGACCAGAGGCAAUUAAUAUUUCAUCCAACAGAGCUUUACUGCUACUGAAGGCAAAUGAGCAUAAUGGUCACAAAUCCAAUACAUUCAGGAUUGGCACUGUCCAUAAGAAAUCCAGUUGCAGCAGACUUAACUUAAACUUACAAUAACUCUAUACAGAACACCACACCAGGAAAAGAGAAAGAAAGAGAAAAGCAAAACCCACGCUUCCCUCUGGCCUAUUUUUAUAGUCAGCAUGACCUUGACGGAAGAGAUAACAGAAGCAGUUUAAGCCAGCUGUACUCAGCGUCUCUGAAGGAACGUCAUGAACCUUCUGCUUGUUUCUUUCACACAGAAGCUUCCAGGACCCUCUUGAAUUAAGUAGAAUAGGAAAGAUCUCUAGAAAUCACAUCAAUACUUUCUGCACUAAGAAAUGCAGACUGACAAAAUAAACACCACUAUCAUAGAACCAUAGAAUUGUAGAGUUGAAAGGUACCCCCUAAGGAUACCAAUGUGGUACCUGCUGUUGACUGUUGUGUGUAUCUGUAUGUGUGCCAUUUGACAUCAGUUCAGUUUUUCUAAGUGCUACCUGAGCUCUUGCAGAUCAGGCAUGCCUUAAACAAGUGGGCAGGCUGCAGAUAGUAAUAUUAACUCUUCUUGCCCCUUUUUUUUUUUGGUAUAAGAUGCCAAAAACAGCGGAAUAUUCCAGGAUUUUCCUGCUGAUUUGUUGCAACUGAUGGCUUCUGAACCCUUGACAUCAAACUUCCACUUCUGGAGCCUUUCUGUGCAGGUACUUUUAAAGUUUGCAUGUAAAACAUUAAUUUAAAAUAUACCAAACUGCCUUCUACAGCUAUGACCUCACAAAGCAACAUGCUAAGGUGUGAGAGAUAAGGUGUAAAUAGUAACAGCAGGACAGAUGCACAUGUUAAUAGGAGAGGGAUUAGUAGAAGGAUAAAAGUGCCCCAUCUAAAAGAAUAUUUUGUAAUAUAAAUUAAAAAAACCUUUCUCUUACAGAAUUUUACAAAUAAUGAGAAGUUGCGCAACUUUUAUAAGAUCUUAACAACUAAUGUUCAUAACAACGUGAGCUUCAUAUCUACCAUGGAAGGUAAUGUAAAUCAGAAGUGCAGAAGCCUUUUCUGCUGAGGGCAGCAUUCCUGGGGGCGGGGGGCUGCGUGCUCCUCCCUCCUAGCCCAGUGAGUUGCUGGGAUGUGUCUAUGUGUGUGACAUGUUACUCUUGCCAGAGAUCUGAACCAGUGGGUUACAAAGGACUUUCCUUCUCCUCCUCCUCCUUUCAUUGCUCCAUCAGAUCUACCCUUCCACCCCUCUUCUCUCCCUCUGGGACUGAAUAUUGCCUCUGCCACACCAAACUCACUGAGUGGCUAGCCAUUCUGUCUCAGGGCCCCCAGCUGCAAAAUGGAGGUAAUAGCCCUGACCUACCUUGGAGUUUGUAAGGUUGUUGGUCGGCAUCCAUCUGUCUUGGGAAGCAUGCAUGAAGUGUUUUGGACGCAACCCAAGCUCUAUUUAAAUGCUUGUUAAUGGUAAUAUUUUGUGUGAAAUUCCUUUAUAAUCUUGGUUAGAACUAUAAAUCCUGCAUCCAAACGUUUAAGAGAAACUUGUUGUCUUAUGUGUGUGAGUUGAUGGAAACCAAUUGGUUAUUUUCUAGCUCACAGAUACCCUGUGUACGGCGUCCAGUGGCAUCCAGAAAAAAAUCCAUAUGAAUGGAAGAACUCAACAGGCAUUCCACAUUCCAAGGCAGCUGUAAAAGUCACAUACUACAUUGCUGACUUCUUAGUCAGUGAAGGUAUUAAAAGUUUUUAGAUGGCAGUUGUGAAAUUUCACCUGAAAGGAGAAACGCUUGUAUGUUGAGUGGCAGUUUUUUCUUACAGCUAGACUGUGAAAAUAUAAAUUGGAAUAGUUAGUGGCAGUGCAACAACAUAUUCUGAUUAAAGAAAAAUGAGACAAAACAGUGCCAGCUUUUAUCCACACAAUGCGGGGGACAAUAUUAGAGUCGUAUCCCAUGUUUUCACUUGCUCGCUGGACUUUCUCCUCCCUCUACCUGGUUGGGGGAACCCCAGAUCAGCUUAGGCAGAGUGGGGAGGGUUGAGAGAGGGAGCAGGUAAGUUCUGUUGCACAGACGGGGGUGUCCUUGCACCAACAGAACUUCACUGAAUGCAGUCCUUAAUGUUUUGAUCUUAACCAUUGAGCAGACAGACCUAGUCAAAGGAACUGUAGAAUUUUUGAGAUUAGUAGUAAAGUAAGGCAGGCACCUUCUAGGGUUGUCUUGCUCUUGACAUGCUGGUUUUACAACAUCCCCAGUCAAGCUUGCUUGGUGCCAUCCUUACCAUCUCUUUCUUUUAAUUACCCAGGCCUUUUUAUACAACUUGAGUGUUUACAGUGCCUCUUAGUCUUUACGAUUUGUGUUUUACUAUAUAUAGGCCAGAAAAAGAACAAAAAAUUAAUGCCGCUUUCAUUGUUUUGAAUUAUGUUUUACUUUUCCAACUUUUGAGAGCUACCCACAGAACAUAAGUUAUAGGGUGGCCAUUCAAGUUAAUAAAAACCAAAAAAUUGGUCUGGAUGGCUGCUUAUUGAAAGCUGCAGUACUCAGACUGCUUGUUCCAUCCCAAUAUCAUUGGUGUCAAGAGGACUACACUAGCGUAGGGUUGCCAUAGAUCCAGGAUUUCCAGACAUAUCCGGGAUUCGUCCUUUGAAAAGAGUGUCAGGGAGGAAUUUCUGAAAAUUGGUAAAAAUGUCUGGGAAAACCUGGACAUAUGGCAGCCCUACCCUAGAGUAGUCCUCUUGACACAAAUGGUAUUGGGAUUUAUUUAUUUUUUGCAAAGUUCAACUAUUGUCUUGUGGCUGCCUAACAUCUUUAGACUAAUUUCUUAAGGUUGAUUUCAGCAGAACAUACAUCCUAUGUGCAUUUGUGUAGCAGAAUGUUCUUUUUUUUAAAAAAAAAAGUAUUAGCGCCUAAAAGUGGGAGGGGGGAUUUUUUGUUGUCUUCUAAGAGAGAGGGAGCCCUGUGUGUGGCUGGCACUUCCUGCAAGUGCCUCUGAUGAGACCAUUAAUUCCCUGUGUGACCCAAGUCUUACAUUUAGUCUAGGAUUGCUAAAGUGCAUUUUACAAAAUUUGUUCUUUCACAAUUGAUAACAUGGACGUAAUCCGCAUUUCUCCAAUGUUUUGCAGCCCGGAAGAGCAACCACAGUUUUGCCAACAAAAGUGAGGAGACCAACGCACUGAUCUAUAAUUUUAAGCCCGUUUUCACAGGGCCAUUUUCCUCCUUUGAUCAAGCUUAUUUCUUUGAUUAAAUUUCCAGCCAGAAAUAGGGGAGAGGCGGUCUUAGAAAUGAUGUAGCUGUGGCAUCUUUCGGGAUUAAACUAACACAGUGAAUUACGAAGAGCCAAGAUGACAAAACUGCUUACAAGCUCCUUCUGAAUUAAUUUUUCCAGUCCUCUGUUGAACUGCACUUUUUUUUUGUUCUGCAGUGGCACAAUCAGCCGACAAGAACCCCUUUGAAAACCCCAUUGAAGUCCAUGUGUCUCAAAUUAGUAAUUCAGUGUGAGGACAACAGUUGCAACCCUUACACAAGUUUUGUGAAACUUAUUAGGACUCUAUCCCACCUUUCAGACACCAUGAAACUUAAGACGCUUUCCCUCACCUUAUGUACUGCAUUGCUGCGCGGUAAAUGCUCUAAGCUUGCAGACGGGUCUUGUAAUUGUAACUGCUAGCACUUUUUAAUCCACAUGACAGAGAAAUGUUAAGUCCUCUUUUUGUGCACCAGUGUGAAUUUUAAAACCUUAUUUAUUUGAAAAUAUUGAAGAUGCCAGUCUUCAUGUGGCUUGAAGCAAAUGAAUGUUCAUCUAUGAUCAGAGAAUCUAUUUCUGUUCAUAUUAAACUGUAUUAUUACUGGUUUGAUAUAAACAUGUGCAGGUAUCAACCUUUUGAUAAAGGACAGGAUUCCCCUUGAAAGUACAUAAAGGAUUCCUGUUUGUCUUUCCUUUUCCCCCGGCUCCCCAAAUUCAGCAUAGACUAAUCUGUGGUUUCUUCCUUUACUUUCUCUUUGUGUUUUAAAUCAUGCUGCUUUUCCAGGUCUGGAUCAGACACUCUCACCCACGCCACUGAUCAAGAUUCCUCCUUCUCUCCUGUUUCCCUUCUUAAGGUCUACUUGAGGAAACAAUCCGAAUGCUCCCUGAAAAAACGUUAUCCUUUUUUAAAAAAACACAUGUUUUAUUUCCUGCUCUUCAGAGAACUUGAGCCUUGGGGUUCCCACUGAACAGGUCCCUGCCACAUUCAUUUAAAGGAUUUUUAUACAGCCUUUGAUGUAGCAUUCCAAGCCAGUGUAUGACAAAAAAGUAACAACAACUUAAUACAUUAAAGCAGCAAUAAGAAAAACUACAGGACAAUAAAAAUACAGCAGCAAUUCAGAGCAAAUUGAAACCAGAACCCCAUCCUCUGGGAUUAAACACCAGUAAAAGUUUAAAUUUAAAAUACCUCACAAUUCCUCUGCACACUGGGACAUAGCUUCACCAUUGCUGUAGAGGCCCUUAACGCCCGGCCUUCUUGGUAUUAUUGUGGCUGCCCUUCUAUGUGCCACUUCUACCCAACUGCUUCCUUACAAAUUGGGUCCUGUGCUGCCUCUCCAACCUGAAUGUGAUGGGAUCUAUGUCAGCUCUGGGUAGUCUAGGCACUGGUGCUAAGUAAAACUGCCUAAGUUGAUGUAAUCCUGCAUACGUCUACUCAAAGGUUAGCACUGUUGAGUUCACUGAGGCCUACUUUCAGCUAACUGAGAACAGCCUUUAAUACAAUGGGAUUAGUUAUAUUAAUACUUGAUCGGAUAAAAGGUGGCACCUGCCCUAUAAGAUUUUUUUUUACAAACAUUGUUUUUGUUACAAAAGCCUGCAGGUGGUUGGUAACAGUUUUGAAGUCACACAGGGAAUACCUCAUCUAAGAUGGUGAUGUGUCACAUUGAGACCUAAGAGUUUUCUGCAGAGCAGUUGGGUUUGUUCACAUAGAAAUGCAUGCAGAUUUGACUGAAUGACAGGUGUCUCUUGCUUGGAUGGCAGCUCAGGUGCUAUUAGCUGUAAUUUGUACAUUUCAGUUGACUGUAUAUUUAUAUUAAGCAUUGUGAUUAAACAUUCCAAGAUGAAGUAAUAUCAGAGAUAGGAUUUUCAUAUACCAGAAGCGAUUUGCCAGUUUGAAAGCCUGAAUUCUUGCGUGAAACGCGCAUAGACAUUCUGCUCUCUGCAUCGUCUUGAGCCCCAUUUUGCUGAAAAGUCUGAUGCAAGCCAUUUUGUUCUUGGAGAUUGUUAGGCCUCUGCACUAGAUCCAAAUGGCCACAAGAGCAUGUGUUUCCCUUCAUAGCCUGUGUGAAGGGAAAGCUCUGUGCUUUAAUGAGGCCCAUUUUUUAGCCUUCUCCGUAACUGAAUGUGGCAGACAUAUGCACAUACUUACAACCUUUGGGCUUUGGCAUGUUCAGCCAGAAGUGAAUUCCAGAUGAGACUUUACCAGUCAUAGGACUAUUUAUUUCUCUCUUUGAUCAUGUUUUAUCAUUGCACUUUUCCUAUAUCUGUUUGCUUUUAGAAUGCUUAAAUGAUAAUAUACACAUAGGCUGGGCUCAAAAUUGAACCUAAUGUAAAAUAAUAAAAAAUGAAUGUGGAUAUAUUUGUCUUUUUAAAAAACCCUGUUAAAUACAGUGGUACCUCUGGUUAAGUACUUAAUUCGUUCCGGAGGUCCAUUCUUAACCUGAAACUGUUCUUAACCUGAAGCACCACUUUAGCUAAUGGGGCCUCCUGCUGCUGCCGUGCUGCCGGAGCACAAUUUCUGUUCUCAUCCUGAAGCAAAGUUCUUAACCCGAGGUACUAUUUCUGGGUUAGCGGAAUCUGUAACCUGAAGCGUAUGUAACCCGAGGUACCACUGUAGUGAGAUUAAACUAUCCACUUGAAACCAAGCAGGUGCCCUUCUUACUUGCUAUUCAAACCCUUCCUGCUGUUGAAUAAAGGAAAAUACCACAGACUCAA